CUCGCUCCAGCGCUGUACAGUCUUCCCGCGCUGGCUUCUGUGACAGCCGGCAGUCUCUGGUCAUCUCCUUUACUGUCUGCAGUCUCUAGUCAUCCCCUGCACUGUCUGCAGUCUCUAGUUAUUCCCUGCACUGUCUGCAGUCUCUGGUUAUUCCCUGCACUGUCUGCAGUCUCUGGUCAUCUGUACUGUGUCCCUGGUAUUUUCCCUGUACUAUGUCUGCAGUCUCCGGUCAUCUCCUGUACUGUGUCCGCAGUCUCCGGUCAUCUCCUGUACUGUGUCCGCAGUCUCUGGUCAUCUCCUGUACUGUGUCUGCAGUCUCUGGUCAUCUCCUGUAGUAUGUCCGCAGUCUCUGGUCAUCUCCUGCACUGUGUCCGCAGUCUCUGGUCAUCUCCUGUAGUAUGUCUGCAGUCUCUGGUCAUCUCCUGUACUAUGUCCGCAGUCUCUGGUAUCUCCUGUACUAUGUCCGCAGUCUCUGGUCAUCUCCUGUAGUAUGUCCGCAGUCUCUGGUCAUCUCCUGUACUAUGUCUGCAGUCUCUGGUCAUCUCCUCUAGUAUGUCCGCAGUCUCUGGUCAUCUCCUG